AUGGAGUCGUACACGGCGGCCGGAGCACCUCUCUCCUACUCGGACCUGUACUCGGUAAUCCCCUUCAACACCACGUUCCCGGACGGUGACUUUUCCGAGGCGCUGCGUAAUGAGAGCGGAGAGGCAGAGCGCGGCAGACCGGUGCGCAGCGCUGGAGACAUGGUGAUCGCCAUCUCCAUCACUGCGCUCUACUCGGUCAUCUGCGUGGUGGGACUGCUGGGGAACAUCCUGGUCAUGUACGGAGUGGUCAGAUACACCAAGAUGAAGACAGCAACUAACAUCUACAUCUUCAACCUGGCUUUAGCGGAUGCCCUGGCCACAAGUACACUGCCUUUCCAAAGUGCCAAUUACCUGAUGAGUACCUGGGCAUUUGGAGAAAUCCUGUGCAAGGUCAUCAUCGCCAUCGACUACUAUAACAUGUUCACCAGUAUCUUCACCCUCACCAUGAUGAGUGUGGACCGCUACAUCGCCGUGUGCCAUCCAGUCAGGGCUCUGGAGUUCAGAACACCGGUGAAGGCCAAAAUGAUCAACGUUCUCAUAUGGGUGUUGUCUUCAGCCAUUGGAGUGCCCAUAAUGGUGAUGGCGGUGACCGAAGUGAAUAGCAGUGGUCGAACAUUGUGCAUGCUGAAGUUCCCUGAUCCACACUGGUACUGGGACACUGUCACCAAGAUCUGCGUUUUCAUCUUUGCUUUCGUGGUCCCAGUCAUGGUCAUCACGAUCUGCUAUGGCCUGAUGAUCCUGCGCCUGCGAAGUGUCCGUCUGCUCUCCGGCUCUAAGGAGAAGGACCGCAACAUGAGGCGCAUCACCCGCAUGGUCCUGGUGGUGGUUGCUGCCUUCAUCAUCUGCUGGACCCCCAUCCACAUCUUCAUCAUCGUCAAAACCAUGGUGAAGAUUGAGAAAACGAACCCCUUCGUGAUCGCUAGCUGGCACCUCUGCAUCGCCCUGGGGUACACCAACAGCAGCCUCAACCCGGUUCUCUAUGCCUUCCUGGAUGAGAACUUCAAACGCUGCUUCCGGGAUUUCUGCCUUCCGUGCCGAACUCGCGGGGAUGAGAAUAGUCUGAACAGGACAAGGAAUACCACCAGGGAGCCAGUGUCCGUGUGCGGUCCAACAGAAGCGGGGAGAAAGCCGGCAUGA